CACUCCCUCCAACCAGCGCCUCCCCGCCGCCUUGCACGCCCACGCCGCCGGCGAACACAGCAGCAGCAGGUCAUGCUGCCGGCCUCAUCUCGCUCCUCUCCUCCCCUGUAUCUCCCUUCCUCCCCGUGUUUCUCUCUCUCACGUCUCCCUCUCGUUUCUCUGGCAGGAAAUGCCAUGGCCGCCUGAGUUCUUCCACGCCGGCCUGCUACCUCGCCUCCCCGACCCGAACUGGCCCGGAUCCGCGUCUCCGGCCACCAAGCUAGUCCCCGCGCCACCGUCGUGCAUCAAGCCCUGCGCCUCUCCGCCGCUCCGCACCUCCCUGCCCCGACGAGUCCCCGUCGUCCCGAGGCCACCCGUCUCCGUCCGGCCGGCAACGAGCAGUAGCUCGCCGGAGCGCGAGUUCCAUCGGGUUCCCCGCCGAACACUCCGCCAGUCUUCCAAUUCGGUGGGGAUCGACGGGAUCCGCGUCGCCCUGCUCGUCCCGCCUCCGGCUUGCGUCAGAUCCCGGCGUCCCCAGCUCGCCUGGUGCGCCGCCAAGCCCUCAUCGCCGGCCUCCCCUGCUUCUGCGUGCGGGGACGACGACCAGCGCCAGUCCCGCUCCUGCCUCUGUUCGAGAGGAGGAGACUGCAGUCGCGACGGCCGCGUUGACCGCGCCCCCUCCCCUCGUUCGAUCCAACCAGCCCAGCCGGCCUGCUUUUGCCAAGGCCCAGCCCAGCGCGCCUUCUUCCUCAGCCCAGCCGCCCCUCCACCGACCUGGGCCUCAGCCCAUGGUGAGCAGCCUAGUUCCAUCAGAUUCGGCCUGUCAUGUUUUUUCCUGCUCUGGACGAAUUUGCCUAUUAAUCCCGAGACUGCCAAUUUUGCAGAAUAG